AUGUAUACCGUCCUCCGAAAUGUUGCUUUGCUCUCUUCAAAACAUAUUGGAAUUCAACCUCUUUGUUCGCAAACACAUACUUUGAUAAAACAGCACCGUUUGUAUGCAGUUUUGCCCGGGAAAAUUAUGCCCUUACCACUUGUUUCCACAGUAGUUUCUAGAAACGCAAGUCAUGAGAGAAAAAUGCCUAAAAGAGUCUCGGACUUCAUGUCACGUGUAUUCCUUGAUAAUAUGCACUUCUAUAUUAUGUUGGGUCUUGUUCCUUCAUUGCUUCUAAUUUUUUUUGUCAACAUAUUUAUUGGGCCAGCAGAGUUGACGGACAUACCAGAGGACUAUGAGCCACGUCACUGGGAAUAUCACAAACACCCUAUUACGCGCUUCAUUGCUAAGUACAUGUGCGAACAUCCUCAAAAGUUGUAUGAAUCCUCUUUAGCGGAAUUGGAUGAGGUUCGAUAUACUAAGGAGCUGGUUGAUGAAGAAAGAUGGUUUCGUAAGUCUCAACUCGAAAAAGGCGACUUUCGUGCUUGGUAUUUCGUCCCAGUUAAUCCAACUGGUAUUAAUCGUUCAUUUGAAAGACUCAUGAAAGAUCAAGAGGCUGGCCAACUAGUUAGUCGUUGA